GAAGCGGAGACCGGAGCCGCGAGCGCCACCAGGGCAGCAGCCGCCGCAGCCGCCGCCGCUGGGCUGAGGAGCCGGAGACGCAGGCGGACGAGGUGGCGGCGGCGGCGGAGCAGGAGCGGGGACCGGGCGCCAGCGGAGCACGGCGGCGCGGGUGUGCUCUAGAGAAGUCUUCAAAUAUCCUUGCCAUAUUGAUUCUGAGCCAUCGGGGGACUCAGGCUUAUGAGGAGGUACUGUCACGCAAAAGAGUGUCUGGUGAAGACGACAAGAAAGAGGGGAAAGGAUCGGAAAAAGAAGCUAAAACACUGUAGAAAACCAUGAGAUCUAUUAGAUCUUUUGCCAAUGAUGAUCGCCAUGUUAUGGUGAAACAUUCAACAAUCUAUCCAUCUCCGGAAGAACUUGAAGCUGUUCAGAAUAUGGUGUCUACUGUCGAAUGUGCUCUUAAACAUGUCUCUGAUUGGCUGGAUGAAACAAAUAAAGGCACAAAAGCAGAGGGGGAAACAGAAGUGAAGAAGGAUGAGGCUGUGGACACCUAUUCCAAGGAUCAAGGUGGUCGGACAUUGUGUGGUGUAAUGAGGAUUGGCCUGGUUGCGAAAGGCUUGCUGAUUAAAGAUGAUAUGGACUUGGAGCUGGUUUUAAUGUGCAAAGACAAACCCACAGAGACCCUGUUAAAUACAGUCAAAGAUAAUCUUCCUAUUCAGAUUCAGAAACUCACAGAAGAGAAAUAUCAAGUGGAACAAUGUGUAGAUGAGGCAUCUAUUAUAAUUCGGAAUACAAAAGAGCCCACGCUAACUUUGAAGGUGAUACUUACUUCCCCUCUGAUUAGGGACGAAUUGGAGAAGAAGGAUGGAGAAAAGGUUGCGAUGAAAGAUCCUCCGGAUUUACUGGACAGGCAGAAAUGCCUGAACGCCUUGGCGUCUCUUCGACAUGCCAAAUGGUUUCAGGCAAGGGCAAAUGGAUUAAAAUCAUGUGUAAUUGUCCUCCGCAUUCUGCGUGAUUUGUGCAACAGAGUCCCCACAUGGGCCCCACUUAAAGGAUGGCCACUAGAGCUUAUAUGUGAAAAGUCUAUAGGUACUUGUAAUAGACCUUUGGGCGCUGGGGAGGCCUUGAGACGAGUAAUGGAGUGUUUGGCAUCUGGAAUACUACUUCCUGGGGGUCCUGGUCUUCAUGAUCCUUGUGAGCGAGAUCCAACAGAUGCUCUGAGCUAUAUGACCAUUCAGCAAAAAGAAGAGAUUACCCACAGUGCACAGCAUGCACUCAGACUAUCAGCCUUUGGCCAGAUUUAUAAAGUGCUGGAGAUGGACCCCCUCCCAUCUAGUAAGCCUUUUCAGAAAUAUUCCUGGUCAGUUACUGAUAAGGAAGGUGCUGGGUCUUCAGCUCUGAAGAGACCAUUUGAAGAUGGAUUAGGGGAUGAUAAAGAUCCCAAUAAGAAGAUGAAACGAAACUUAAGGAAAAUUCUGGAUAGUAAAGCAAUAGACCUUAUGAAUGCAUUAAUGAGGCUAAAUCAGAUCAGGCCUGGGCUUCAGUAUAAACUCUUAUCUCAGUCUGGUCCUGUUCACGCCCCAGUUUUCACAAUGUCUGUAGAUGUGGAUGGUACAACAUAUGAAGCCUCAGGGCCAUCCAAGAAAACAGCAAAACUUCACGUAGCAGUGAAGGUACUGCAAGCAAUGGGAUACCCAACGGGCUUUGAUGCAGAUAUUGAAUGUAUGAGUUCUGAUGAAAAAUCAGAUAAUGAAGGCAAAAAUGAAACAGUGUCUUCAAAUUCAAGCAAUAAUACUGGAAAUUCUACAACUGAAACCUCCAGUACCUUAGAGGUAAGAACUCAGGGCCCUAUCCUCACAGCAAGUGGCAAAAAUCCCGUAAUGGAGCUCAAUGAAAAAAGAAGAGGUCUUAAGUAUGAACUCAUCUCGGAGACUGGUGGAAGCCAUGACAAACGCUUUGUAAUGGAGGUGGAAGUAGAUGGACAGAAAUUCAGAGGUGCAGGUCCAAAUAAGAAAGUGGCAAAGGCAAGUGCAGCUUUAGCUGCCCUGGAGAAGCUGUUUUCUGGACCCAAUGCAGCAAAUAAUAAGAAAAAGAAGAUUAUCCCUCAGGCAAAGGGUAUUGUGAAUACAGCUGUGUCUGCAGCAGUCCAAGCUGUUCGGGGCAGAGGAAGAGGAGCUCUGACAAGGGGAGCUUUUGUUGGGGCCACAGCUGCUCCUGGCUACAUAGCUCCAGGCUAUGGAACACCCUAUGGUUACAGCACAGCUGCCCCUGCCUAUGGUUAAUACUUUUAAGCAGUUUUCAGCACGUUUAUCUCACUUUAUUCUCGUUCUCCUCGGACCUUCGUAGCCAUAUCACUUGUAUAAAAUAGGCUGAGAUAUAGUGACUGUAAGCUGUGGUCUCAGUAUGCAAAGGUAAGCUCUUUUAUUUUCUGAUUAAAGAAAAAAUUAAAAAUCAAUGAACACAACAUGCAUAAAUGACAAUCUCAUAUGAUGUAUUUGAUCUCUUAGGUCUUAUGUCAUCACGUAAGUUUUUAUGAUCUAAGUGUAAAAUAGUCAUUUUCAGUAUUUGUUUUAAUACCCUUGUAAUUACUUUCUAUUCAAGAGAGAUAUUUCACUUUUGCUGAGUGUGUGUACGUGUAGAGAAACUUACGAUGUAACAUAUAUGUGAGUUACGUACACGAAUCUGUUUCAAUAAAAGAAUUCAGUGGUGGGAAGUGUUCAGCUAAGAAGAUUUUAACAUCAGGGCACUCUUUUUGGCCAAAGUGCUGGAAUUUCAUAAGCAGCAAGGUGGUAACAGUGCUGAUAGGAUCCAUUUGCGUGUAGCUCUUACAUAAGCUAAGGAUCAAAGUGCCAAUUUCUCAAGGAGAGCACCUUCUCUGAGAAAUGAAUUAUCUCUGAUCUGUGUUGUAUGCCCUAAUACAACAGCAGCAAGAAGCCAUAAAAAAAAAAAAAGCAAUAGAAAAUGAAAAAAAAAACCAAAAUAUUAAGGUAACUAUGGAAAAAAUAUAUAAUUGAGUUAACCUACGUAUUUGCAGAACCAAUUUUUGGCAAGACUCAGAAUGGUAGAUGAUACCCAGUCUGCAGAGACCAAAUAGACAAGGCAACUCAUCUGUCUUUUCUAGAUUAGUUAGAUGAUUUAUUUCCCACCAGAUUCUACCAUUGUAGAAUUCAUUUAAAAGGUAGGAGGGUUAGGUCAAAUAUCCUAAUAAGGAUUUGCUUCAUUUAGUGUAUCCCAUAAAUGCAUUUCACAUGUGUUAGAUGUUCUGUGCUAAGGUUGUAUUUGAUGUAUAUAGAGAUUAAAAUGAAUUUUAUGUUUUAUAUUUGUCUCUAAGUAGCAGUUUUCUCUUUAUUACUAACUGUGAAGGAUGCCGGAAUGACUUUUUUCCCAUACAGAGUCUGUACGUAUGUUGAAUGUGUGGCUUUGGCAGGUUGUAUGUGAUCUAGUGACUAAGUACCACGUACAUUCCCGUCCUAGUCAAACAGCCGGGUGCCCCUCAUGUGCCAGGUGAUUCUCUGGGUACUAGUGAAACAGGUUCUGCCUGGUGGAAGCAUUUUAAGUUGGAGAGUCUCCUUGUUGGUGGAAUUGGGCCUGUUGUAAAUAUCCUAGGUGGGAGACAAUGCAUUAGCAGUGUCAGAAGAUAAUUAGCUUAGUUAAUAGUUAAUUUAUAAAUAAUUUAAUAAUAUGGGCUCUCUCACAUCACUGAGAUGGAUCUCAUUUGGAAAUUCACUCAUUUGAAAUACUUCCAACUCUGGUUUAUGUUCAUGGACCUCUCUCCACUUAAGUGAACUGAAUGAAAUGAGUAACAGAUACCUUUUAUAAAGCAGUUUGUAUAGUAUAGCAGAGAACAAAAACGGUUAAUUUAAAAACUGAUCACAUUUUUUGAUGACUAAUGAAGGGAAUUUUACACUUAGAAUCCAUCAUUCUCUUAUUACUUCAUAAGGAACUGCAAUGGAAUACAUCUUCAGUGGUGAGUUAGAGGCGCCCCCCCGCCUCCCCCGCAACUGUUAGAUGUCUGGUAAUCUAGAGCCCCUAGAAAUUAGGGACUUUAAGAGCAGUUAAAUCUGAAAACAGCCUGCUCCGUGAAUGGUCUUGCUGUAGCUCCCAUUCAGCGUCUGCAGGUGCCUCCCUGGUGGUGGUGCUGGGGUAGGGGUGGUCCCUCUGAAUCCAGAGCAAGAAAGGUUCUGUUGUAUUCAGACUUGUACUCUGCAACUGCCGUCCAGUGACCAGAGAUGCCUCAGUGUUACUAGGAGGUCUCCUGGAGGGGAGAUGGGUGGUAAAUGAAUAACACCCUGCAAAGCCAAGAAACUGUCUACACUGAGGUGAGUUUCAGUAUUGAUGUGUUUCUCUCUAACAGUUAUUUGCAGAGCCUGUACUUCUUAUAUAAGUCCCUUCCUUUCCUGAUAACAGCUUCCAGAAAGUCUGUUUUAAGUCAAGAAUUGAAGUCGAGUUAGUUGUAAGAAUAGAUAUCCUUUCCCACAUUAUCAUUUUAGGUAAGAGGUAACAGCUUCCAUUGAUGCUUGGAGCAGUGAUCUUUGGAGAUUUUUAAAAAUAGCACCAUAAUGCAAAUUAGGUUAUGUAAGCUUUACAGCACAGCUAGAAAUAGUAAGUAGAAACCAUGUGGGAAUCUGGGCCAGAAUAUAUUUCUCUUCCUCCAGCAAAUUCCUCUGGGGUCUGGGAUUUAGAUGAGUUAACACACAGAGUACUUUGAAUAGUACCUGGGACAUAGUAAGCACUCAAGUAAAUGUUGACUGUUCUUACCAUGUUGGCUGAGGUGACAGAAUAGAUGCAGGAGGCAAGGCUAUGCUGGCAGGAGUUGAGAAGCAGGUGCAUGGCCUGCUUGGGGGAGCUUCGUGGAUCUCUUAGUGUUGACAGGUUUGGGGUGCUCCUGGGCUCUGGGAAAGAGGACUCCUAGCAUGGCGGGGGCGGGGGGGCUCAGACAGGAAACAGAGCAAACCCUCGGUGAGAGUUGGUGUGGGAGGUUGCUGCACAUGGUUGUUGCAGGAAGAUGCUUGUGCUUCUGCUGAAGUAGUUACUCCUUGGACAGCCUGUUGUCAGGGGUUCAUAAUACUUUGGGAUUUAGGCGUGCUUGGAACUUCAAAGGGGCUGAGCUUAGAAUAUCAACCUGCCAAUCCUAAAUUUCCUGCCAGUGUGUUAGUGAGAAAAAAGUGUGUCCUUGAUUACAGCUAGCCCCUGAGUCUGACAUUCAGAGCUAACCUGUAUUUGUCUUAAACCAUGGAAGAGAGAGGAGGCUGGUUGGCAUGCUUGGAAGGCUCUUGCCUCAGAUGCUUUUCUGAAUAUCGUUCCUGCGCGUCCCUCUUCCAGUUAGCUGCAGCACUUUGGAAAAAAAUCUGUGCUUCACACUGCAUAAGGCCUCCCUUCUGUCAGUCUUAGAAAGAAACCUAUCUGUCUAUCCCUCCACCAGUCUCUGUCCGUCUACCCAUUUCUCUCUCUAGACACAGUUGGGAAGUUGCUUUUCAGCAAAAGGGAAGAUGAGUAGAUGGUUGGACUGAAUAAAGGGUAAGCAUCUUACUGUCCGUCUGGCUCUCACGUGUCUGCGUGGACCUCAGGAGCAUCUGGAGAAAGGUGUGUGGCCACAUCCCUCUCUGCUGGUCCAGGUGAGCCGAGUGGGGAUACAGAUUUGAGUUCUGUGAUGCUCCGAGGUUAUAAAAAGUAUAGGUAAGGAUUAAGUGUUACCUUUAAGGCAAAUAAGAUCUGCAUUGUAGUCAAGAGGCUUUCCUUCAAAAAAUAUUUGUGUAAGUCACAUCCUGGCAGUGACCCCAUUCCUCAGCUGUAGCUCUUUGAUGGACUCCUUACCUCAUUAGCCAAGGCCUUGGGGUUCUUUUGUUUGUUUUGUCUUGAUCCCUCGGUUAACAUCUUAAUCACCUGGUCCUUCUAAGGAGGGUCUUAGGGUCUUUCUUGGCAGAACUUUGCUAUUUCUGCAAAUGGCUCUCUCUGCUGGUGGGUGGUGUGGAGGUUGCCACCAUCUGCCCAGGCAGCUGGAGAGUCGGAUUAGCAUAUCCUCGCUGGAGGUGUGGUCCUGAGUCAUCUUUUUGCUGCUUAUGGCCCCUGGGAGGUUAACAGGUGUUGUCUUAGCACUGCCUGGAAAUCCAGUCUCUCUCCUUUGUUUUGGUUUCUCCUGCAUUGAUCCUUUUGUACAGUUCUGUAUUCAGAUGUCAGCUAAAUGUCCCAGGCGAUUAACAGUGGCCCUCAGUUUGGGUCAUUUUGUGCUGUGGGCAGCAGUAGGUUGAAGAAGCAGGGGUGGAAGAAAGAUGCUAAAAUUGUUAUCUUGUGUGUGCCAGGCAUUUGGACUUUUUUUCUUACUUAGCCUUCUUGGAGGUGGUAUUAUUCUUAUUUGACAGGUGAACACACUGAGGCUCAGAGUUAAGUGCUAGGGUCAGGAGUGAAACCCAGCUCUGGUCAGUGCCAAGGCCUUUCCCUGCUGCACCACACGGUGGAUUAAACGUGGGAAGAAGGGGAGGAAGCGUGUCACGCGACAGGAAGGUGGCAUGCAGGCAGUGAGGCAGGGCUGAAAAGGGCUUGAGCACAAGCAGGGGCCAUGCGGCCACGCGUUCUUUUGAGCUCACAGGCCCAAGCCAGUCCUAGGGUCAUCUGCUAGAGUCUAGGCUUGGACUUGAGGUUAUUUUAGACCAGAUAUUCUGGCCUGAAAUAAGGCUGUUUUCUUUUAGAGCAGUUGGAGAAGCUUAACAAAUAGGAAUGACAAGACUGGAAGGCUCAGGUGUGGCUGUAUAAGCAGAGGAAGCUUUUGUAUUUGAAGCUUGUUUUUCUGUUUGAAUAUCGAGGAGCAGUGGAGGUGUGUAUCUUCACUGAGCUAAUGCUUUCUGAGUCCACGCUCUCUGGCCCGAGACUGGGGAUGGGGAUGUCUUAAGAUGGGAGCCAGAUGCUGAAGGAAAACUGGGGGAGGCUUGGCUCAUCGGGUCCAAGGAAGAGGGCAGCCCCAGGUUGGGGUGUCGGUGCUGAGAGGUGGCCCAGGGCAAGUGCUGAGCAGAGAUGGGAUCAGGGGCUGAUUGCACUGGCCUGUUCUGCUUGCUGGGAGUGUCCCCUGGACUUGGGGAAGGCUGCCAGCCUGGAGCCACAGGCUUCCCUCUGGGUCGGGCCUUGUUUGGCAAGCCCUGCUUGGAUGGCUUCAAGGUCUGUGAAAUCUCUGCACCUGGGCCGCUCUGCUUGCUGGCUGCGCCCCAGCUCCUUGGCCAAUUUGUGCCCCUUGGGACUCUGCUGAGGGCGGAGGGGGUGUGGGGAAAGAUACACUUGCCUUACCCCACGUCGCCAUGACCUGUGGCAGUUUUCCUGAGCCACCCGCCUUAAUCCUGGAGGGCAACAGGAAGAAGGAACCUCCUUUUAAACCCAGGUUGUUCCGUUCAGUGUGCGGGAGGACUGGUCCUGUGCGUGUAGAGCCCUUUCCUGCCCGUGCCUGUAGCCGCCGCCCUAACAGUCCCUGUUCAGAGAAGCAGCAAUGCAGAGCUGGUUGUUCUCACACCACAGACAAGAAAAUUGAAGCCAAGGAACCUCUCCAAACCACCUAGUUUAUUUGUGGCAAAACAUUGUGGCUCCUAAUAAGUGGGUUUUUAACCACACAGAAGAAAUGGCAUUUCUUCUACUGUUUUUCGAGUUAACAGAAUCCCUUUCUUAGGGAUGAGAUUUGAACACCACCACAACUGUGGGAUCUAGAUUUUUUCUCCUUUUACAGAUGAAGAAAUAGAGGCUUAGACAAAAUGACUCGCCCCAAAUUAUACAGCUAGUCAGUGGCCAAGCCCACCCAUUCUGAUAGUGCUGUGCUUACCACUGGUGGUUGGCGUUAACAGUCUAGGUUGCUGCCUAUCCUCUUUUCCAAAACUGUUCCGCAGCUGUUUCUCUCCUCUUUACAGUGUAAUCAUUCUACUUAACCUUCUUCCAGACUUCUGGAAUAUAUCCUGUGAGGUUUGAAAGAAAACACACAAAAGCCAGCUUCUCUCUCCCUGACCCCACCCCCCAUCCCAUGGGAAAAAAAAGAAAGCCGACUUCAGGCUCAUUCCUCUCUGGCUGCUCUGAAGGACUCUGGGCUGGCUCCUGGGCAAGGUUACCCGCUGCCCAGCUUGGGGCCGAGUGGCCUGUUUGUUGUUUGCUGGCCACACGGCAGGGUCUGUGUCCACAGCCCAUCUUCUUGUGCUACAACUGAACCUGCAGUCAAGUGCGAGCCAGUGAUUGCCAUCAGGGAGGCCCAGGUGCUGGACGGGGGGGGGGCCGGGUGUGUGCUUUUUCACCCUGAGCUUCACCGGGGUUUUGGUUGCCGUCUGUGUCUGGUGAGGCCUUCAUUGGGUGCUCGCCCAGAGCACGGAGGCAGGGUCUCACUUGACUCUCCCGUCCUGCAGACGGUCUCAGGAGUUGCUCAGCUUUCUUACGUCCUUUGUGCCUGGGGGAGGCCAGCACCCAGGAGGAGAGCACGCCUUCCACCCAAUAUGGAAGGUGGCAUACGCCUGAGGAACUCAGGAAAGCUGAGAGCACCUCAAAACGAGACAGGGCGAGGCUGGCGAAGGGGAGACCGACCACACACCCUUCUGUCAGCUAUUUUAAAGGGUUGUAUUUACUUGUUGUAUGUGGUUCCAGAUGAGAAAAGAUAAAGCCUGACUGGGCAAUUUGAGCUAACAUGUGCCUCGCACGGGGUGUGGCGAGAAGGGAGCCCGUGGCACCGGCAGUGUUUACGCCGGAAGCCAGCUGUUGAGAUGGCGCAGAGGAGGUCCUUCCACAGGAUGUUGGUCUGCACAGAACGCUGAUGUGAUCGUUGACCCUGCCAAGACCAUGUCUCCCUUCUCUGGACACACGGAUGUAACAAACAUUUGUUGUCACCUGCCACCAGCCAGGCUGUGCUGGGUGAGGAGGGGCAGUUGAAGAAAAUGCCAGACGGAAGGUGGACGGAGCCUGGGAAGGGGGAGGGGAACACUCAGGGCCUGGAAUGGGACCAGAGCCUCCUCCUGUGCUUGGAGAAGGUCUUCCACUCAGUCCCGGAGUGGAGCCAGGCCUGUGAAGAGACUGAGCGAUUUAGAGUGACAUGGGGGUUCUUCCCUAGAGACCGGCAUCUGAGCUGGGCAGGAGUUUGCCCACAGAGUGGUCAGGGGAGGCCCCCAGGAGGGGGCACAGCGUGCAGAGAAGGGAGUGGCCUUCUCGGGACCUGGGAACCGGUUUGGUUAGGAGGGUGAAGUGUCAGAUGGGAUGGGGCAGGGCCUCAGGUGCUGGGCCCUUUACUGGUUUCCGUCUUCCAGAAUGGCGAGAGGAGUCUGAGGAUUGCUUUGGACAGUUGGAUAAGGAAGGACCAAAGGCAGGAGACAGGUUGUUGUUGCAGAUACCCCGACGAGGGAUGAAGGAGGCAGAUGGGGCGGUGGCCAAGGGGUCAGAGGCAGGAGAGGCAUCUCUUCAUAGUCCAGGCUCCUCGCCUGGACAGAGCAGGAGGUUGUGGGGGCCAGGGGACCACAGGAACCCCACCCUCAGCAAGGGACCAGGGCUGCUGUAGGUGACUGAGGACAGUGGUGCCUGGGGCCAGGAUGGGCACGUGGGGGGGGCGGGGAGAGGGGUUGUAGAGGAAUUCAAGGCCGUCUCUAUUGGGCCAGGAAUUGCGGUUUGAUGGGCUCAACUUUGUCAUGUGCCCCUGGGAAGGCUUUCUUGCAGGGACAGAGGUUUGUGGGCUGGCUGGUCAGCAUCUUGCCCUUUCCCUGAGUUCCCGCUCUGCUGAGCUUCCAGUAGGAAGGGGGAGCAGGCGCUGAGCACAGAGGCCUCCUGUUUUUGGAAAAAGCAGUGUAGUGAGAGCUUCCUUACCUGCGCAAGAGCUGAGCUCACUGGAUUCAACAUCCGUAGGGCAGGGUCUUUAUUUAUUUAGCCAAUGGAAGAUACUGCUUUACAGAGCAUUUAAAGGAGGGGGAAAGGUGAAAGUGUUAGAUUACUAGGAAAUUAGCUUGGGGCCUUAGUUUUCUGUCUGUGCUGCCACCUUUGGCUCUGAACAGGUGGGCAGGGGACCCGCAGAGGGUUAGGUGGGUUUCUGCACGUUUGUAUUUCUAUGGCUCUGUCGGGGCAGCAGUGGUUUUGAGCCUUUAGGUCAGAGCCCUGAGGUUAGGGUGCACUGAGACACUGAGCCCGUCCACCUCUGGGAGGACCAGGUGUCUCUAGGAGUGGCCUUGUCUCUUAAGCCCAUUGGGCCACACAAACAUCACCAAGUGUGUCAUAGUGUGGAAAUCUCUGGGAACACUGCCUUAGACCUGGUGUCGCUAAACUUUGUGAAAAGGUCCCAGUAGUAAAUCUUUGAGGCUGUGGGGCCUGUUGGCUCUGUCACAGCUACUCCACUUUGUUGUCGUGGCCCCAGAGCAGCAGACAAGUGUGGCUGUGAACCAACAGCUUUAUCCCGGAUGGGGAGUGGGCCACAUGUAGCUGGUCCCUGCCUCAGACGGCAGAGACUACUUGGCCUCUGGCUUAAUGCGGCCUGGGCGCUUCCUCCCAUCUGUCUUCCUUGAGCACCUGUCCUGUGAGCAGUGGGGGAGGAGGGUGCAUGCUCACCCAGGACCUCAGGUAUGGAGGGUGGGGUGGGCACUGUUGGGGCCCAGGGGAGAGGAAGCCGGGGCUGAACUGGGAGAGCCCCAGGAGGAGGCAGCUCCAGAGCCCGGGCUCCGUCCUCUGGGCCAGUGGCAGCUUGUGCUCAGGUUUGGAAAGAUGCUCGGGGCAGGGAAAGACCAGGUUUGUGGUUACAGGUGGUUCAGUUCAGCCUGGGUUUUUUAGCCAAGGCGUUGGUUACUGUUGGUCCACCAGUGGGAAGGAGACCUGGAGAGUUGGGUGGCUUUUCUGGCCACUGGGCUCCAGUGAGCACCACACGUUUUUUGAGCGGGCACAAUCUGCCAGCUUCAGGCCUUUUCUCACUUGCUCUCCAAAGACAGCUGAAAAGGGCAGGACAAUGAAACCUGUCUCAGGGCCUUGGUGUAUGAGAGUGAAAACCGCUAGGGAUGGGCUUCUUCUUGCUUCAGGAUGGAGUCACACACCAGGAAGGCUUUACGGUGCGGCCAGCAGCAGGACAGGCCUUCAGGGAAGUAGAACUGAAGCCUGUGACCUGCAAGGGCAGGUGCCCGUAGCACAGGCUGCAUGGGUGCGGCCCCCGGGCAGCGCUCCGUGGAGGUGGGCGGUGCUCUCUGCUUCCCGCGGCACCUCCCCUAGAGAUGCUUCUAGGCAGUGGACCGAGUACCUAUGAGGUGAGGUUCCAGGGACACGAACCAUGACAUUCUCAUUUAACUAACGUAGAGGGAAGUCGAGCAGGGUGGUGUUGGCGCUGGCUUCCUGUGCCCGUGGAAGGGGGCUGGAGAAAGACCUGUCCUGAGUGCCGGCAGCCCUGAGAGAGACGGGGAGGCACUUGCCAGAGGCCCUGCCGCUGGGAGGUUCAUCUGCGGCCUCCCCAGGGCCUGUGUGAGGGUGAGCGGUUUGGUGCUGCCCUGGGCCCUGGGCACCUGGGCCCUGGGGGAGCUGCCGUCAGUGCCGAGUGCCGCCGUCGGGCUUGUCCUCACCAAGCCUCCGGUGAAGGCUGUCAAGGGUCGUGUUUGGCUCUUUUGCUCUUGGGGAUCUGGGGCCUUUGGGCUUUACUGCCCUGGCUGUGCUGUGCUGUAGCUGCGUCACCUUCCAUCUCUCAGGAGUACCACUGUGUCUUCUAGAGGUUUCUGGGCUCAGGGAAGGGAAAGAACCAAGGAAGGCCCAGCCCAGACGAAGCCUUUCCUCAGGCUGCUCGGUCUGCACUGUGGCCCUGGCCUCACGGGAGGCACCUUAGUUGCUUCUGGAGCUUGAGCCUGCUUGUCUCAUUCCCCUGCUGAGGGAGGGAGACAGUGCUCCGAAAGGGGUUCUCGGUUCUGACCCAAACAGUUCUGCUGCUCUGGAAAUGAAUCAUGGAUCAGGAGAGGCGUUGUAGGCGCUUGAAAAGCUGCCUUUCCGCUUGUGGUUUAUGAGCAAAGCCAGCCUUCUCUCUGGCCAGCCUCUCUCCUCCCUCACAGACACCUCAGGGCUUGAGGACUUUGGUUGGGGUGGGGGUCAGUGGCGAGACACACUCCUUUCCUUGACCUGCUCCUGUCACCCCGUGAGCCUUGAGUCCUUCACCUCACCAGCUCCCUUGGCUGCGGCCCUGACCCCGAGCCCGUGCUGAUGGCCGCACCCAGGUUCAGCCAGGUUCCUGGGGUAGCGUCUCUCCCCAACCUCGGCAGCCUUGUCUGGUCAGGCAGGGUGCACACUGCACCCUUACUUUGCAGAGGGGACACCGAAUGCCGCUUGUCCCCUCGCCCACUUAGUGUGGUGGCUUCUCAAAUGGCUCCUGACCAGGGCCUAACUCUGUGCAUCUCCCAGAAACCCAGGGUGGCUCUGGCUGUCUCGUGGGCUGCCUCCAACUGCCAUAGGGCCUCCCCUCCAGGGCCUUGAAGCGGCACAGGAAAUGCUUGGCGGGGCUGGGGGGUGCCCUCUGCCUCUGUCCCUCUUGUCUUCUGGUGAGUCAGGAGCCACAUGCCUUGGGCAGGCUUCCUUUACUUCAGCCCGAGCAGCAUUUAUCCUGUUUUCCCAAAGUUUUUGUGAACUCAGGCCUUUUACUAGGGACCAUCUGGCCUGUUGUGCUGAAGCUUUGGUCUGAGUGGCCGGGGCUCAGUCACAUCUUCAGGAAAAGGCCAGGUCUCCGGAGGUGGCCCUAAUUAGGGGAGGGACCUCCAGGGUGAGUGAGGCAGGAGGGAAGGUCCUGGCGCCUGGCUCAGCCUGUUAGCCCCGGGCCCAGGCCCCCUGAUGUGCCUGCCCAGCUGUAUUCCUAGACAGCGGCCUCUGAGACUUGCUUUUUCUCACCCAUUCCGUCAGAACUCACUGGGCAGGAGGCAGGAGGCAGCCAGUCUAGACCUGAAGCCCUCAGCUGUUCCAGGAGGGGCUUCCCUCACAAAGAGGAAGGGGGCCCUGCUCAGUCUGUUCCUUCCUCGGUUGCGGGCUGGGGGGUUCAGGAAGCAAGGCCAAGUGUAGUUGUGGGUAGAAAACCUUCCCCUACUGCACAGGAGUGCAUGUGACAUUGGGCGCCUGGCUGUAGCUUGCUCGCACUCUGGCCUGGUGAUGGCCAAGGUAGUUUUUAGAAAUCUACUUAAAAUACCUAUCUGUUAUCUAUUUACGGUGUUUUUUCUGACUACGCAAAUGUAAAUAAUAUAAUCUGCAGUGCAAAGUCCUUGGCAAUAACCGUUGUGUAUUAUGUUAAAAACCCUGGAGAAUGCGACCACCGUGGAUUGUCCUUCCCUCUCUGGGGCAACGAUUCCCUGUAGGACUCUGAACUUGCAACCUUCGGCGUGGCUGAAGCAGCAGCCUGCAUGUGUGGACUGUCACCAGUGCCUCGCCCAGAGAUGCCUGGCCUUCAUCCAGUGGGACUCUCUGCCACCCCGACUCCCACAGGCAGCGCCCACACUGUGGCUCUUUCACACCAUGUUGGACUCUGCAAUAGACUGGCCCUCUUGUCUGGCUGCUGCAAUUUGUCUGUAAUGCCCUGACAUGUUGCAUUUUCCCCAUUUGGAUGACUACAAAUAAAAGCUUCUGUCUUAAACAGCAA